GUCCCGGCGGAGCGGAGCGGAGCGGAGCGGAGCGGUCGCAGCGCGGCCGGGCCAUGGGCGCUGAGGCGGGCAGCCCGCGGGACACCGCGCUGGGCCAGCAGCUCCGCGCCCUCUUCUACGCGCUGCUGCCCGGAGAGAGCUCCUUCCGCACGGUGGAGGAGGUACCUAAUUACGUGGAUAAGAGUAUUCCAUUCUUCAUUACUUUUAUUGGGCUGGAGUUUGCUGUCAGCUGGAUUAAGAAGCGUAAGCUGCCGGGUCGGAUCAAUGAUGGCAUAACUUCUCUUUCCUUAGGUAUCCUGUCCCGACUGCCAGAUGUUUUAUUCAGAAGUAUUGACUUAAUUAGUUACAUAUACGUAUGGAAUAACUACAGACUCUUGGAACUGCCCUGGGACUCGCCAUGGACAUGGUAUUUGACACUUUUGGGAGUGGACUUUGCAUACUACUGCUUUCAUCGCAUAAGCCAUGAGGUUAAUAUACUUUGGGCUGCACACCAGGUACACCAUAGUUCAGAAGAUUACAACUUAUUCACAGCCUUGAGACAAUCUGUACUGCAGAAAUACACCUCCUGGAUGUUCAACUUGCCCAUGGCUCUUUUCAUUCCCCCUUCGGUGUUUGCUGUUCAUUUACAGUUUAAUCUACUUUACCAGUUUUGGAUACAUACAGAGGUUAUCACCAAACUUGGGCCUCUGGAAUGGAUUCUUAAUACUCCCAGUCAUCACAGAGUUCAUCAUGGUAGAAAUCCCUACUGCAUUGACAAAAAUUAUGGUGGCACACUCAUUAUCUGGGACAGGAUAUUUGGAACAUUUGAGGCCGAAGAUGAAAAAGUUGUGUAUGGCUUAACACAUCCAGUAAAUUCGUUUGAUCCCAUCAUGCUCCAGUUACGUCCCUUGGCUCAUAUUUGGAACACGUUUUGGGCCACACCUGGAUUCUGCAAUAAGCUUUCUGUCAUAUUCAAAGGGCCAGGCUGGGGACCAGGCAAACCUAGACUUGGCCUUCCUGAGGAAAUCCCGGUGAUCACUGGGAAAGAAGUUCCCUUCAAUCCACCUGUACCAGCUUAUUGUAAUUGCUAUGCACUUGUACAUUUUGCUAUAAUAGUGGACUUGUACACCGAACUUCUUGCUUCUGUAAGUAUGCUAUCACAGGGAACAGUUCUCCUGAGAAUUGGCUUUAUCAUUCUGUCCCUGUCAUCUUUUGGACUACUUAUGGAGAACAAGUCCAAAGCAGGAAUUUUGGAAAUCAUCCGCUGUUUAGUCUUCAUAGGUGUUUACAAACUUGGCUACUUCAGGAGUCAGUUUUCAGUCUUGGGCUAUGCAUAUGAGGUCUUGUUUUCCCUCUGUGCUGCAUUCUGGGGAAUCCAAAUUAUGAAGCAGAUCACUUCAUUCAAAGAUAAACACCACUGAAAGAGCAGAUCUAACAUCACCUCAAAUAUGGAAACAGCACUUUAGAAUAACUGUCUAAGUUCCUCGGAAUUAAUCAACCAUGAAUCAUGCUGAAUUGCAAUCAGUUCACUUAAGAUACGAGAGAUUUGUGAUUUUUGUUUGGAUGUUUGAAAGAUUCCUAAGGGGGUAUAUUCAUUUUUAUUUGCUUUUUAAAGAAAUAUUUAAUUUCUCCCCAAUUUAAAUCAAAUAUUCAUUCACAGCAUAGAUUUUUACAUUCAUAGGAUUACAAAUUCUUAGAAAACAUGUAAAACUAAUUUCAUUUUUGCAGUGAUUUUGUUAGUAAUAAUAUGUGAAAAGUAUUUUUCACAAGAGGAAUAAUUAAAAUCAUAUCUGAUGUAACCUGGUAUAAAGUGAUUGACUGUCUUCUUAUUGAGGCUAAAUAUAAACAUAUGUGAGUGUCAUUUUUUUCUGUAAUGAUUGAAUUACGUGAGAAUCUCCAUGUCAUGCCCAAUUCAGUGUUCAUAACAUACAGCUACAUGAGGAUGAGUAGUUGAGGCAAGAAAAUUAUUAAAAACAGCACGAUAAAAUAACUCAACCUAGUAUGAGUUGAAGCAUCUUCAAUAAAAUUGGCUGAUGUAUGUGUUGUACAAUGCAGACAUGCAGUUUAGGCUGAGUUAUUUACGGAAUACACCUGCAUUGCCAACUUUAGAUAGUGAUCAAACCAGGAUUUACACGUGGGUAUCCCACUGACACUCACUCACAAGACAAAAUAUUUGCAAGGCUGAGCCCUUAAUUUCUGGUAAUUUCCUGACGGGUGAUGUCAGGGGAGAUGCAUGUCUUGUCUUUCAGGAGCUGUUGGAAAGAAGUUUUGUACUAAGAUAGGAAAAUUAAAUACAAAUGGUGGAGGGAGUCUCCAAACAGCAGGACUGGCAAAAAUACUGGAUCUAAGUUGUUUUUCUUUCCUCACACUCAUCCAACUCUUUUUUUGGCUCCAAACCUUUUAGAAGUGCUCAAAGUCAAGUAGCUCAAAAAUGAAGUCUGUCCUAGAUGCUUCAAACUAGUAAUAGUACAUGGAUUUAAAAAUGAGUUUGUGUUCUGUUUUUUUUACCCAUUUCAUUUUCCUUUAAGAUGUUAAUGGCUGUCUAACAGACAUCUCAGGUUUAGACACAUAGCCUACGUUUAAUUAACCCAUAUUUCAGUCUCUAGGUGUAACGGAUGCCACUGUCUAUGUAACUGGAUGUUUACAAUAAAUUGUUAGAAACACACUAAUGUUAUAUAAAUAAAAUUGUUGCAAUGUCUAGUGAUAA